CUUCGUCUUCUCCAACCUCGCAAGCUUCUUCUCCUCCUCCCUUUCGGUCCCGGCCGGCUUUCCUUCCGACGCAGGUCAUUCCAUAUUCGGCUCCCUUUCCUCACCUUAAAAAGGACCCAGCCGCUCGGCGCAGCGCAAAUCAACCAGCUGAUCCAUCGUUUCUCGUGUGAGUUGUUGUGGCAUCGAUCCAUGGGUAACCACCAGAAGCUCCUCAACUUCCUCCGGCCGGAGCCGGCCGCGGUGGCCGCAUGCUCGCCGAGGUCCUUCUCCUCCUCCUCCGCCUCUGUGUCGGACGAUGACGGGUACAGCUGCUCGUCCUACCCCACCACGGACGGGGACGCCUCGCCGUCGCGCUACUGCGGCUCCUCCACCCCGCCCACGCCCAGGUCGCCGUGGGCGCACCUCCCGGGCCUCGGCGCCGGGGGCGCCGUCGCGGAACCGGGGGCCACGGGCCUCAUCGCGUCGCUGGUCAAGGAGGACGGCCACGUCUACUCGCUGGCGGCGACCGGGGACGUUCUUUACACCGGAACCGACUCCCGGAACGUGCGCGUGUGGCGGGACCAGCGCGAGCUCGCCGGGUUCAGGACCGCCAGCGGCCUCGUCAAGGCCAUCGUCGUCGCCCACGACGGCCGCAUCUUCACCGGUCACCAGGACGGCAAGGUGCGCGUGUGGCGCGCCGACGCGGACAACCCCGCCGUGCACCGCCAGGUGGGCUCGCUCCCCAAGCUCAAGGACUACCUCAAGAGCGCGGUCAACCCCACCAGCUACGUCGAGACGCAGCGCAAGGGGCGCCAGCGCGCGGUGUGGCUUCGGCACUCGGACGCUGUGUCCUCCCUCAGCCUCGACGAGGGCGCCGGGCUGCUCUACUCGGCCUCGUGGGACAGGACCUUCAAGGUGUGGCGCGUGUCGGACUCCAAGUGCCUCGAGUCCGUCAGCGCGCACGACGACGCAGUGAACACCGUGGCCGCCGCCGGGUUCGACAGCGUCGUGUUCACCGGGUCCGCCGACGGCACCGUCAAGGUGUGGCGGCGGGAGACGGCCGCGAAGGGCGACGCGACGAAGCAUGUCCUGGAGAAGGUGCUCAGGGAGGGCGAGAGCGCGGUCACCGCCAUCGCCGUGUCGCCCGAGGACCGCGUCGUGUACGUGGGCUCGUCGGACGGGCUGGUCACCUACUGGUACUGGGUCGACGGCGAGGCGAGAUACGGCGGCGUGCUCAAGGGCCACAAGAUGGCGGUGAUGUGCCUGGCGGUGGCCGGCAACGUCGUCGUCAGCGGCUCGGCCGACCGGACCCUCUGCGUCUGGCGGCGCGACGGGGCAGAGCACGUCUGCCUGAGCGUUCUGGCCGGACACACCGGACCCGUGAAGUGCGUCGCCAUGGACGAGGAGGCGGCCGCCGGUUCGGGCGGGGAUCGGCGGUUCGUGGUGUACAGCGGGAGCCUCGACGGGUCGGUCAAGGUCUGGCGCCUGUCGGACGCACAGGCUGCACCGUCGCAGGCAUGGAGCGGCCGGCCGGCUCCGGCGCCGUACGCGGAGGCGUGGGCGCCGCCGUACCAGACGGUGGCGAAGCCGAAGCGCGUGGCAGCGGCGUGAGGGCGAAGCAAUCGUGCUCGUACGUGCGCGCAUGGAAGGGAACAAUGUGGUGGCCACACGUGUACCCGGGCAGAUCGUACUAGAGAGUGUACAUAUACGUAGAACCAGUACGAGUUGUGCGUGUAUUUUGAGGUGGGAAAUCAGAUUGUCAAUUGUGUGGUGGUGGCCGAAAUCUUGUCCGUGCAGUUGACGGGGACAAAUGGGCGGUGGGUUGACAGUGAGAGGUCACCCUGUGCGUUCGGUUUA